AUGUCAGGAGACCAGAAUGGGGAAAAGCAGGAGUUUUGGGUGGAUAAUAGGAGAAAUAGUGAAAAGAAUGGAAGUAGGAAACAAGGAGGUGAGCCCAACGGUGCCACUAUGUUUCCUCAUCACAGCACUGUCCAGAAAAUGAUGGACUUCGCCGCCGCGGCUCCAAAGGUGCAGCUGUUGUCUGAGGCAGCAGAAGAGGACGCGGCUCCAAAAGGCGUUUCAACAAGCUCGUCAAGGAAACAUCAGAAGCAUCACAGACUGAAGUGUCACCGUGGAAUCGAUGCCUGGAAGAGAUGGGUUCAGUGGAGGCGGUCCCAAAGCGCUGGGAGGCGUCGGUCUAACGCCGUAACGCUAAAGGAGAACAUUCUGGACUGCUCCGCGUCUGAACUGAACGACGGCCUCUGUUGCUUCAUCAGUGAGGUGAAACGACCCGAUGGAGAACAGUACUCCACCAGCAGCCUGUUCUACCUCUGCCUCGCCAUCCAACAGCACCUGUUUCAGAACGGGCGCACGGAGAACAUAUUCAGUGACCUGAUCUACAAUCAGUUCUCCACAAAGUUCACAGAGAUCCUGAAGCGCUUCCAACCUGCAGUCAGAGCCGGUGGUUCCAUCCAGUCCCGUGUGGAGGAGGAGUUUCUGUGGGAAUGUAAGCAGCUGGGGGCCUAUUCUCCCAUCAUCCUCCUCAACACGCUGCUCUUCUUCUGCUCUAAGUACUUUGGCUUCAGCACAGUGGAGCAGCACCGCCAGCUGUCCUUCGCCCACGUCAUGCGCUGCAGCAGAACAGGGAAGGACAACACCAAGGUCACGUUCCUGCUCUUCAAAGCCCGUGGAACCGAGAACCAGGCAGAGUCAGAUGCUGACGGUGUCCCGGCUAAAAAGAGGAAGAAGAAUGAGGCUGAAGGUAAAAAGCUGAAGAUGAUGGAGAAUCCAGAGAACCCUCUCCGCUGCCCAGUCAAGCUCUACGAGUUCUACCUCUCCAAGUGCUCAGAGUCAGUGAGGCAGCGCAGCGACAUGUUCUACCUCCACCCAGACUGCUCCUGCGUUCCCAGCAGCCCGCUGUGGUUCUCCUCCGCCCCUCUGGAUGGGAGAGUCAUGGAGGCCAUGCUCGUACGGACGCUCAGCGUCCGAGAGGUGCAGUGCCGACAGAGAAGAGCUUUGGGCCAGACAUCGGGUUACUGAUGAGCAGGAAGCAGGAGUUUAAACCCUAAAGUCUGGAUCACGACCGUAAACGCCAACAGAUCAAUACACUCACUAAUAAGUCAGUCCAUCAAACCACAAAGGAUGAAAAUCAUGAGUCAUGUUUUCAGAAUCGUUGCCUUGUGUUGUUUUUUUCAGCAGGCGUCACUUUUCGUUUCCAGAACAUUUGUGUGAAACAGUUUGACUCCAGAAACUGAGAGCAUGUUUGUUUCUAUCCCUCAAUCACAUUAUGAGGGAGUGGGAUCUUUAUUUUGAUUAAAUACAAAUGACAAGUACUUUUUUCUUUUGCUUUUUUGUUAUACAUGUGUAAAGUAAACUGAGCCUUGAACAUGUUAUACAUCA